AAUUAACUCUUAACAAAAAGACUAUAAAAAGAGGGUCAAUGAAAACUUGUACUUUAGCUUCAGUUUCAUGUGAAAUGAAAAAGAUGAGCACGCUGGUCGCUCCCAAGGACUUCUCUCCUGUCGAGGAUGCGGAGGCCAUCAAGGAGGCUUGCCAAGGAUGGGGAACGGAUGAGAGGGCCAUAAUCUCGGUCCUAGGACACAGGAACAUGUUCCAGAGAAGGCUCAUCAGGUUGGCCUAUGAAGAAGUCUACCAUGAAGACCUCAUCAGGCAGCUCCAGUCCGAGCUCUCCGGUCAUUUCGAGACAGCAAUGUGCCACUGGAUCUUGGACCCGGCUGAUCGGGAUGCAGUGUUUGCUAACUUGGCGCUGAAGAAGGCGACGCCCAAUCAUCGGGUCAUUGUAGAGCUCGCGUCUCUCAAGUCCCCUGAGGAACUGUUGGCAAUUAGGAGAGCAUACAAAUUCCGGUACAGGCGUUCCUUGGAAGAGGAUGUGGCCGCUCACACCAGUGGAGAUGUUCGAAGAAUUCUCGUUGCGUUAGCGAGUGCUUAUAGGUACGAUGGCGACGACAUUGACAAGGAAAUGGUUAAAUUGGAAGCAACGAUUCUUUACGACGAAAUCCACAGUAAUGCUUUUAACCAUGAAGAGCUCAUCAGAAUUUUGAGUACAAGAAGCAAGGUGCAGCUCAAUUCAACCUUCAAUCACUACAGGGACAUCCAUGGCACUUCUAUCACCAAGGGAUUAUCAGGAGACCCGGCGGAUGAGUAUCUAGCAGGACUCCGGACUGCUAUCAGAUGCAUCAAGGAACCCAAGAAAUACCUUGCAAAGGUGCUUCGCACUGCCGUGAAUGCAGUCGUAACUGACGAAGACGCUCUCAGCAGAGUCAUCCUCACCUGCGCGGAGAAGGACCUGGCAGAGAUCAAAGAGCUUUUCUUCAGAAGGAACAGCACGUCUCUUGAGGAAGCCGUGGCUAACAGCACCUCAGGAGACUUCAAGAACUUCCUCCUGACUCUACUUGGGAGCGAAGACAUUUAGAGGACUCUCCCUCAGCAAUCAGCUUUUCUAGAUAGAAUAAGGGGAGGUUGCAUUGCGUCCAAGCACAACAUAGUCACCGCUGCCAAAUGAUGGAUUUUUUUUUCACCUUUUCUCCUUGGCUUUAAUUUGACUUUUCCUUGCACACGCAAAGUGUGAAAGCACCCGGUUUCGGAAAUGGGAUUUUCUUCAUUUAAAUCAUGAGGUUGGAAAAGUCUCUUGCUGAUGCGCUAUUGGUCGGC